GUUUUAUCUGUUGUUGUUGUCAUUACAAAAUCUUAUUGAAACUAAAUACUUUGUAAAGAGAUAAACGUUUGUCAUCUUCUGUCCUCUGACUACAAACCGUAUUUCAUCCUAACUUGUACAAAGAUGUGCUUGAAAAUCCUCGCGAGGUUUAUUCUUUCCGGUCUUACUUUUAUCUUCUUCUUCCUGCACCAGGGAUCCCUAGUUUUGUUGCUAAGCCAGAGGAAAUUUGAGUCAAUAAACAAAACAUUGACGUCAAAAAACGAAACAGGAGAGUCAAUUAACGAAAUAUUGGAGUCAAUAAACGAAUGGAAAUCUGUAACUCUUUUAGUUGUACUGUUCCCAUAUGUUGCCUCAUUGUUAUCACAAAUAUGGACAUCAUCAUUUUCAACAGGAGGCAAAUGGAAGGAGUGGCCUCAUUGGGGAUCACUUUUAUUGGGUGUCAUAUCUUCCGUUGCUGAGAGUUAUAUGUUGACUAGUUUAGUUUGGAGUUAUCUUUGGAGAAUACCAGGAUUUCUGUUAUUAGGUGUGUUAAACUCAGGAAUGAUUGUUCCCAUAUUCUCCACUGCAAUGAAGAACAACACAAAGACUAUACGUUACAUACAAACACUAUUGAUAUUAGUUUUUACAAGUUGCAUAAUUGCUUGUUUUGUACUGCUGGUGAUUACAGGCAGAAUGACGACAGAAGAAUCUGGAUUAACAUUACUCUUUCUGAUCAUAAUAUCAAUAAUUUUUACUCCUAAAUAUCAAACGUUUAUACAUACAACAGAUGACAGAGGGACUCAGAACUCUGCUUUACUAUAUAUUAUUUUGAAGAUGCUAACUUGUGCGUGUUCUGUUUACUUUUUACAACAUAAAUCCAACACAAAUGAACUGGUAUCAUUAAAGUCUUUUUUCGACACUUUGUAUUUGCCUAAUACAAAAAAUAUUUGGAUUUGUGUUUCAAUCUUGUUGAGUUCAUUUCUGUGUCAGUGUGUUAAGUAUUUCAAUGCUAGAACUAAAGUUGGAAGAUGGGUUGUACACUUGCCCAUAUAUUUUUCGUCAAUUAUAAUGUCAAUUCUACUGGUAUUAACGUUUUCGUCAGUGAUAGAUGUAUCCCAAAUUGCAUGGGCUAGUAGUAUAGGUCCAUCCUCUAAAGACAUAAAAGUUAGUGCAGACAAUUUUGCAUUGUACGGAACUGUUGCGGGACUUCUUAUUCUUCCGAUAUUGCUGGAUAUAUUGAAUGACAGAAUUAUACGGCCUAGCGAGUUCAGUAUGUAUGAAGCUGUUUUAACAACACAGCAUUUAUUAAGUAGGACCUAUAAUACAAUAAAAGCUACACCAUUUAGCAUAUCCGCUAAUAAUAAAAGAAAUAUCAGACGAGUAUUUAUAUGCACUACAAUGUAUCAGGAAUCCCAAAUAGAAAUGGACAGAUUACUGGCUAGUAUAAGAAAUGUUUCGGUAUCAAAGCUUUUGAGAACAGAAAACGUCGUUUUAGAAUCCCACAUAUUCUUAGAUAAUGGCGCUGAUGGACAAACUAUUAAGCAGUUUGGACUCCAGUUACUGGGCUUAAUAGAAGAAAAUUUAAUUACAGACAGAGAUGAAGGAGUCAUGUUAUAUACCCCAUACGGAAUACAGCUUUCCUGGAAGAUUAACAAUGAAAUGCCUUUAUUUGUUCACUUAAAAGAUAUUUCGAAGGUCAAUGCAAAAAAACGUUGGAGUCAGGUUAUGUAUAUGAAGUAUGUUUUAAACUAUCGGUCGUCUAAUUUUCGGAAGUCAUCUGAAGAAAAUUUGUCGAAAAAUUCCUCCUACGGCAGUUUGCUUUCUGUGGAAUCAAUGGAUUUAUCUAAUGAGAAACGUAAAGCCACUCAAAAUAAUUUGACAGUUCCAGACAACAAAUCCAAGUCGCUGAUAAAAGAUAAUGACUCCGAGGUAACCAGUGUUGAAACAGAGACGACAACCGUUCCUUACGUCGAAAUAUUUAUAGGCGAUACGAGCUCAAUUGAAAACCUUUCAGUGAAAAAUGAAUUAUCAAACAGUAUAUACACCAUAGCAGAUUCGCAACAAAUUUACCAUGAAGACUUUGCAUUUGAUUGUGAGGAUUAUAUUCUAGCAACAGAUGCAGAUAUGACUUUUGUGGAUACAAGUAUUAUGGACGUUCUACACAUGUGUGAAUCUGACCCAAAUGUUGGGGCGGUCUGUGGUAGGACACGCCCAAAAGGUGUUCAUAUUCACCCCAUUGUUUGGCUACAGAUGUUCGACUAUGCUAAAGAUUUCUGGAUAAUAAAGAGUUCACAGAAUAUAAUUGGUACAGUUAUGUGUUGUCCAGGAUGUUUUAGUAUGUACAAAUUGAAUGCUGUUAGAGAUGUUGUUGACGAAUAUUCGGGCCCAGUAGAAAACAUGGAAGAUGUUUUCACAAAAGACAACGGUGAAGAUCGAUGGAUGUGUACAUUAUUGAUGUUAAAAGGAUGGAAAUUAAGAUAUUCCAGUAAUGCUAGAAAUACUACAUUCUGCCCAGAAGAUACAUAUGAAUUUAUGAAACAACGGCGUAGAUGGUUACUGUCAGAUUAUGCAAACGCAGUAUUGGUUAUUCGAAAGCUUAGAGCCUUGGUGUCAACAAACGAUGCAUUUUCUUACUUGUAUGCCUUCUAUUUGUUGCAACUAUUUCUGAUAAUGCUUUUAUAUCCUGGUUCUACAAUCGUUAUGCUGUGUCUCGGUUUGGAAUUGGCGAGUGGUGCACCUCUAGUCAUUGUUACUCCUGUGAUAGUUGCCAUAGUUUUUGCCUACUGUUUGAUGUUACUCAGUGAAGUUAAGUCAACAGUACAGUUGAUAAUAACAAAGAUUUUGAUCAUGGUCUUUGGAGCAGGAACAUGCUACAUAUUUGUAGCUUCUACUGUUAUUAUUUUUAAAGACUUAGCGGAAGGCUUUGAAAGUGGACAUUUCGAACGAGCAGAAGGGUUUAUAGUAAUGAUUGUACUUGGUAGUUAUAUCUAUGGAGCUAUGCUUUACCCAACAGAUAUAUGGAUACUAAUAACGGGUGUUGUCUAUUUGUUCUUUAUACCGUUUUUGAAUAUGAUACUACCUCUCUACGCUAUGUGUAACAUUGUGGACCAGUCAUGGGGAACACGUGAUAAUCAAUCUGCCACCGUACCAAAAUUUCUGCAUCUACCAAAAAUUAAACGGAAAAUGAAAAAACGGCGGAAAUUGCAACAAGUUGACACAACGUCACUUAGAAGUUUGAGCGCUUCAUCUGUUAGUUUGAGUGACUAUAACCAAACUGAAUUUGAAUUCUGGGAGGAACUCGUCUCUAACGUUGUCGGAUCGACCGCAUCAAAGGGACUAUCAAACGAAGACAGGAUAUUAGGAUUGAAAAGAUUGAGAAAGAAGGCGUUAAUUUUCUUUCUGAUUGCUAAUCUUGUAUGCAUAAUUGCACUUGUAGGCCUUUAUGCAUUCGUGUUGCAGAAUAUUAGUAAUAAAAUUUUGUUUUCCAUUGCAAUGGCAGUAACGCUAGGGUUGUCACCACUUAUUCAGAUAUCCGGUAGUACUGUGUACAGAAUUGAUGAUACCUUAAUUCGUAUUGGUCGAUGGGUUAACAAUAUAACGUAAACCUGAGAAAUCACCAAUAAUAUAAGGAAUAUAUGGAGAUGUGGAGGACAUUUUAUUGUAAGAGGAAUGUUGUUCAAGCGUGGUGACUUAAAACCAUCAUGCUGAGUUCAAAAUGUCUACUGAUCGCGUCGAAAUUUAUCUUGUUUCAUCGUUAUUUGUGAAAAAGAGACUUUCAAAGCUAAAAGCUAGAUACAUUAACUUGAAUAUAUUAACACUGAAUCUGGUCAUACUUUGCAUACAGACGAUACAACGCGUUGAAUGCUUCUUUUCUUUUGUUUUCUUUUUUCCUUAUGAUUGUGACAAUAUUUCAUGUAAGAAUAGUAUGCAUUCCGCGUAUUU